GUGGAGAAGUAGAGAAGAGAGUUAUAUAAUAAAAGCAAAUAGAGUCAAUGGAACAAGGAAGGAUUGCUUAUCCAGCUGCGAGAAAGGAGAAGAGGAAAAUGGCCAUGAGGCUUCUCUGUCUGCUGCAGCUGGUCUGUUUGGUUGGUUGUAGUGAUUCCAGGAGAAGAGAGUGGGCUCAUCAUGGCGCCCCCAUGUUUGCCGACCUCACAGUCCGUGAGAUAAAAGCUGUCCGGGCCUACUUGCAUGGUAUUCCAGAGCUGGACCUUACUGAUGCUCGUAGCAAGACUCUGCAGAAGAACAGCAUCCUCCUGAUUGAACUCCAUCUGCCAAAGAAACAUGAAGCCCUGAGAGCUCUGGACCGUGGACAGGCCAAACCCCAACGUCAAGCCCGUGUGGUCAUCCAGUUUGGGAAAAGGACUAAACCCAGCAUCACUGAGUACAUUGUCGGUCCUCUGCCCUCCCCAAGUUCUCAUGUAGUCAAGACCUUCAAAGGGGAUAGGCCUAUCCGGUUUGAGUCAAGGCCUAUUACUGCUGCAGAGUAUGAACAUAUGCAUGACAUCCUCGUGAAGAUCACAACCAAAGCUCACAAGCUUCUGUUUGAGACUACAGGAGGGUUUUCCUUCACUGACUGCUCUGACCGCUGUCUGACGUUCUCUGACAUAGCCCCCCGCGGGCUGGGUCCAGGUGAGAGGAGAACCUGGAUUAUGUUGCAGAAGUCUGUGGAGGGUUAUUUCAUCCACCCAGUUGGGUUCGAGGUAUUGGUCAAUCAUCAGGACCUGGACCCCGAAAAGUGGACUGUCGAGAAGGUCUGGUACAACAGCAAGUACUUUGACAGUGUUGAGGAACUGGUAGAAAAAUAUGAAUCAGGAGAUGUGGAGAGGGUCAAACUGCCCGAACAUAACGACGAUGACCUCUACUCCACCUACAUCCCCCGGGGUCACAGCAACACUCCCACCAAUAUCCAUGGGCCAAAGCUUGUGGAACCUCAAGGGCCUCGCUAUCAAGUUGACCACAAUUUUGUCGAAUACUCUGGAUGGUCUUUCGCCUACCGAGUUCGCUCAACAGCUGGGCUUCAAGUCUUUGACCUCCGUUUCAAUGGAGAAAGAAUUGCCUAUGAGAUCAGCCUCCAAGAAGCUAUUGCCUUCUACGCUGGUGAUACUCCUGCUGCCAUGCAAACAAAGUAUAUUGAUGCUGGCUGGGCAAUGGGCAGCUCAACAUAUGAACUUGCACCUGGAAUUGACUGUCCAGAAAUUGCCACCUUCGUUGACCUUUACCACUACUUUGACACAGACAAACCUGUGCUCCACAAAAAUGCACUCUGUAUUUUUGAGAUGACCACUGCUAUGCCUCUGAGAAGGCAUUUCAACUCUAACUUCAAGGGGGGGUACAACUUCUACGGGGGUUUGGAAAACACUGUGCUGGUUUUGCGGACGACCUCAACGGUUUACAACUAUGAUUACAUCUGGGACUUCCUCUUCUACCAGAAUGGGGUGAUGGAGGUAAAGGUCAGCGCCACUGGAUACAUCCACGCCACUUUCUUUACACCUAACGGACUUCACUAUGGUACCAAGGUGUAUAACUAUGUGCUGGGUAACCUGCACACACACCUAAUCCAUUACAAAGUGGACCUGGAUAUUGCUGGUCGAGAGAACAGCUUUGAGUCGUUAGAUCUGAAAUUUGUCAACUUCACAAAUCCCUGGAGCCCGAGUCAUUUCAUCGUCCAGUCCAAACUCCACAAGACAGAACACAAGACCGAGCGAUCUGCUGCUUUCCGCUUUGGCAAAAAGUUCCCUCGCUAUGUGCACUUUUACAACCCAAAUGAGAAAAAUAAAUGGGGGCAGCAGAAAGGUUACCGAAUUCAGUUUAACUCACAUGCCCACAGUGUCCUUCCAAGAGGCUGGAGAGAAGAAAAUGGCAUCAGUUGGUCAAGGUACCCUCUGGCUGUGACUCGUCAUAGAGAGAGUGAAGCCACCAGCAGCAGCAUUUACACCCAGAAUGACCCCUGGGAACCUGUUGUGUCCUUUGAGGACUACAUCCGCAACAAUGAAGACAUAGUCAACCAGGACCUGGUUGCCUGGGUGACAGUCGGCUUCCUGCAUGUGCCUCACUCUGAAGACAUCCCCAACACAGCGACACCUGGCAACGCAGUGGGCUUCUUCCUCCGACCCUUCAAUUUCUUCGAUGAAGACCCUUCGCUGGCAUCCCGAAGCACCGUCAUUGUCCGGCCAGGCCAGGAUGGCAAACCAAAGGUCCAGAGAUGGACGCCUGAGGUCAUAGGUCACUGUGUGACAAACAAGCCAUUCUUUUACAAUGGCACUUAUGCAGGAGUGUAGAGGU